AUGGCAGACGUGGCCGAAGCGGAGCAAAUAGCGGGAGUUCAGAUGGAGACGGUGGGUGAAAAACAAAAGGUCGAGAUUGAUACUUCCGCCGGCGGCAUCCAUCUAACAACCUCGAACUCGGAAAAGCCCAGAGGUGUCCUUUCGAAGACGCUUUCCAGACUCCGGGCACCCGAUAUUGCCGACCCAGGUCCACCGCCGGAUGGAGGCUUCAGAGCAUGGACCAUGGUCGUCGCUGUGCAUUUAGUCAUGUUCAACACCUGGGGCUUUAUCAAUAGCUUCGGGGUGUUCCAGACCUACUACGUCGACGUAAUGAGAAUCGGUGGUCCUAGCUCGGUGGCUUGGAUUGGGACAACCCAGGUGUUUGUGCUGUUUGGUAUGGGGACCUUCACCGGGAGAGCUCUCGACGCAGGCUUCUUCAAGAUUCAGUACAUCUGUGGAAGUGUGAUCUACGUGAUGGGCUUGUUUUUGCUCAGUCUGUGCCGAGAAUACUGGCAAAUCUUCCUCGCCCAGACUCUUUGCGUUGGGUUUGGCUAUGGGUUGGCAUUUGUCCCGACUCUGGCACUUCUGAGCACUUAUUUCCUCAAACGAAGGUCAACUGCUCUGGGGAUCGCCGUGACAGGUUCGGCGACUGGCGGCCUCGUGUUUCCAGCCAUCGCCGAAACGAUGUUGCCCAAGGUUGGCUUUCCUUGGACUGUGCGCACCAUGGCGUUUGUGCAGCUGAUUCUCGCAAUCGUGGCGUUUAUCUUUCUGAAGCCACGGUUGCCACCCCGAAAAUCUGGGCCGGUGGUGGAAUGGUCAGCCUUCAGGGAGGCGCCAUAUACACUCUACAUCAUCGGUUCAUUCCUUUACUUUUGGUCCGUUUACGUUGGCUUCUUCUUCGUUGGCACAUUCGGCAGGGAUGCUUUAGGGACCAGUCAAGCCACGAGUAUCAACCUGCUGAUGGUCAUGAACGGUGUGGGAGUGCCCUCCCGGAUCCUCCCUGCAUAUAUCGCUCAGAGAUGGGCCGGUCCGCUGAAUUUGAUGAUUCCAAUGGUUGUCGUGGCGGGCAUCAUUCUCUACUGUUGGAUUGCAGUGCACUCGGUGAUUGGGCUGUGGAUAUUCUCUGUUUUAUAUGGCGUCGUGGCCGCCGGCCUGCAGGCUCUGUUCCCUGCUGUGCUUACCAGCUUAACCAGAGACCAGAAAAAGGCAGGCGUGCGCACUGGCAUGGGAUUUAGCAUCGCGGGAGUGGCAGUCUUGACAGGACCACCUAUUGCGGGAGCCCUGGUCCAAAGAGACGGAGGGAAGUUUACUGGGUUGCAACUGUUCUCAGCAACAAGCAUGAUCGCGGCGGCCAUGGUUUUGCUCUGUGUCAGAUGGGUCGCCGUAGGAUGGAGGCGGGAAAAGCUGUGA